ACGCAUUGCGCGCUGCUCAGGGUCUCUGAAUGACAGAAAGGACAUGAAUACAUGCGUGUGUGUGGUAGGGGAGUCACAUCGAGCCGGCUCUAAUCACUCCUGUAUGUAGCUGUGCACAUUUCUCAUGGCGCGUUGUGUGUUUAGACACAGGACGGGUACAACUUUGAUUAGUUUAGCAGGUCAGUCAGUAGACAUCCCUUAGCAAAGCUAACGCUAGCUGACUCACGUUUGGUGACUACCGUAACACUUCACAAGUUAAUACGAAACACUUGAGUUUUGGGAGGUCGGUCUGUGAUUUCUCCCCUUUAAAGCGUCUUUGUAAAUGUGCAGCUGAUUUAUUUAUGUUUUCUUCGAUGUUUUCAGCUGCUGAACCGAUGGGAUAUUGAAGACCGUUGGGAGCAGAAGCUUGUUUGGGAUGCAGCGGUUAGUGUGCGCUAGAGUCUUCCGGCAGACUGCUGUCCUGCUGCAGAUCAGUCCUCCGCCCCGCAGCCGCCCCGCGGCCCACAGCUGCUGGAAACACCUGAGCUCUCAGAGAAACACCAGCAGAGAUCAUCCGGGAAGCCCUGCUCCAGGGCAGGAGGAUCUGGACCCUCUGCAGGACAAAUCCAGCGGCCUCAUUCAGAGAUUCAAGAAAACCUUUAAGCAGUACGGCAAAGUCGUGAUCCCUGUGCACCUACUGACCUCUACAGUGUGGUUCGGCACUUUUUACUAUGCUGCAAUGAAAGGAGUGAAUCUGGUGCCAUUUCUCGAGUACGUUGGGUUUCCUGAUAAGGUGGUGAAACUCCUGGAGAAUUCUCAGAGCGGCUACGCGCUGACCGCUUAUGCCAUGUACAAGAUCGCUACACCUGCGCGCUACACGGUGACUCUCGGAGGAACGUCGCUGUCUGUGAAGUACCUGAGGACGCACGGGUACAUGUCCACCCCUCCGCCCGUGAAGGAAUACCUGCAGGAGAAGAUGGAGGAGACCAAGGAUCGUAUAUCCGAGAGGAUGGAGGAAACGAAAGACAAGUUCACAGAAAAGCUUCAAGAAACCAAAGACAAAGUGUCUUUCCGGAAGAAAAAGGAAUAGGUUUAUAGACUUACGAAAGUCACAAAGUGACUAUCCCCCCAUAAUUUCAUUUAGAUUCACGUUAUUUAACAAUAUAAUGCACUUAAGGAAACAACAUAUCUCAUGCAUAUAUGAAGUAGUGUAAUGUAGCCUGUAAGCUCUACACUUACUGUUCACAAAAUCUGCUAAACUAUCACAAGUGAGAUUCAUAAGUUGACCAUAGUUUCUAGAUAUAAAAUCUCACAGUCUGCUGAAAGCCGUUGGACUCUAUUUGAAGUGUUUUUAAAAGACGAGAGUGUGUUUUCUAAAGAGAACGGCAGGUGUAAUGUGUCCAGUAUCGUAUAUGUAAUAUUUGGUUGACUUUACCACAUAGCACUGGCUCUUUCAAUUCAUGCAUUUGUGAAAUUAUAUUUCAAUUAUGGAUUCUAAACUGCACAGACUUGUCACAUACGUUACUGAGAAUGAAAUGGUUGUGUCAUAAAAUCUCGGCUGCGUCUGAAAGCCUAGGCAGCUGACUUGCUGCCUUAUGAGGCAAUGCCAUUGCAGGCAGCGUUUUUGGAUG